AUGAAGAGUAGAUCAUCUUCAAAGCAAGGGAGGAUUAACAGAGUAGGGGUAUCAAUGGAAAAAGACAAAGUUGAUAAGGUUAAAGAGGAGCCUCAUCUCUCUGGUGCUUACAUACGUAGUCUAGUCAAACACUUGACCUCUACAAGGCCCAAAGAUCCCUUCGAUGGCGGAAUCGUAAAUACGAAUGGCGAUUCCUUCGGUGAUCAUAUCAAUAUGAAACAAGAAUCGCCACCACCACAACCACCACCUCCACCACCACAAAUCAAGAAACAAGUUAGGAGGAGGCAACACACCACUAGACCUUAUCAAGAACGCCUUCUAAAUAUGGCGGAAGCCAGGAGAGAAAUUGUCACCGCCCUUAAGUUUCAUAGAGCUUCCAUGAAACAACAAGAAGCCGCCAGCGUCACCGCCACCGCCACCACCACCGCCACCGCCACAGCCACUGCCGCCGCCACCUCCGUUCCUCAUUACUGGGCUAUACCUACAAUUGCUCCACCCCCUCUGCCGCCACUAUAUCAAGAAAAUCUAAAUUUCCCACUUCCUAAUCAAACUUUAGGAUUAAAUCUCAAUUUUCAAGAUUUUAAAAACUUAGACGCAAAUCUUUACCAGCACCCAUUAUCAAUAUAUCCCUCUUCAUCGUCAUUAUCAUCAUUAUCAUCAUCGUCAUCAUCUUCAUCUUCUUCAUCUUCAUCUUCAUUUACUUCCUCAUCUGCCGCCAUUUCCGCCGGUGAAACGGCAGCUGGCAUGCCGGAGGAGGUGGUAGCUGGCGGCCUACAUCAUGCCAUGGAUGAUGAGGAGCUUGAGGAGAUUAAGUCGUUAGGAGAGCAACACCAAAUGGAAUGGAAUGAUACUGUGAAUUUGAUGAUGUCAGCACGGUGGUUCAAGUUCUUGAAAACCAUGGAAAUUGGACAAGAGGAAACAAAAGUCGAUACCCAAAAAGAUGAUUUUCAUGGGUUUAAUCCGUUUGAUCAAAUUAUCGAAUUCCCACCUUGGUUGAUAAAUACAAAUGAGCAACACUUCCAUGAUCAUUUUUCUGAUGAUUACUUGCAAGAUCCUGCUUUAUCUUGCAUGGACAUUGGUGAAAUUGACGGAAUGGAUGACGGGGAAUGGCUAGCCUAAAAGAAGAUUGAUUUGUUUUUUUAAGUAAUCAAUUUGUGGAUGUAUUUUUGCAACAUUUUUAAGCUUCUUGUUAUAUCUCAUGCAACGCUUUCCUCUCUUUGUCGUGUAAUAAGUCUGCAGUAAAAUGUCAUAUGGAGAAAAAUCAG